AGGGGGGCCGGGGGGGCGGCGCGUGAGCGGGCGGCGCGGGGCGGGCGGGCGCCCGCGAUGUGCCACUCGGCGCCUCCCCCGCCGGGCCCUGGUUGCACCGCGGCCGAGCGGCCCUGGUAGCCGGCGAGCGGCGCGGAAGGGGAGCGCAGCGCGGGAGUCUCAUUGUUGGGGCGGGGGGGGCCCGUCGGGGCAUGAGGGCGAGAGCACGGCGGGGGGGGCGGCCAGACAGAGCGAGCGAGGAGGAGGAGGAGGACGCCGAGGAGGAGGAAGGAGGAGGCAAAGAAAAGAAGCGGCGACGGCGGCGGAGGAGGGGGCGAGGAGGCGCGCGGCCCCCGCUCCCUCCCUCCCUUCCUCCCCCCCUGACCCCCGACCCCCGCCGGCCGGCCCCCAGCCCCAGCCCCGGAGGGAGCUCAUGGGAGUAUGAAGGAGAUGGUAGGAGGCUGCUGCGUAUGUUCGGACGAGAGGGGCUGGGCCGAAAACCCGCUGGUCUACUGCGAUGGGCACGCGUGCAGCGUGGCCGUCCACCAAGCUUGCUAUGGCAUCGUCCAGGUGCCAACAGGACCCUGGUUCUGCAGGAAGUGUGAAUCUCAGGAGCGCGCAGCCAGGGUGAGGUGUGAGCUGUGCCCACACAAAGAUGGGGCAUUGAAGAGGACUGACAAUGGAGGCUGGGCCCAUGUGGUGUGCGCCCUCUACAUCCCGGAGGUGCAGUUCGCCAACGUGCUCACGAUGGAGCCCAUUGUUCUGCAGUACGUGCCUCAUGAUCGCUUCAACAAGACCUGUUACAUCUGUGAGGAACAGGGCCGGGAGAGCAAGGCCGCCUCAGGAGCCUGCAUGACCUGUAACCGCCACGGAUGCCGACAAGCUUUUCACGUUACCUGUGCCCAGAUGGCAGGCCUGCUGUGUGAGGAAGAAGUUCUGGAAGUGGACAACGUCAAGUACUGUGGCUACUGCAAAUAUCACUUUAGCAAGAUGAAGACAUCCCGGCACUCCAGCGGGGGAGGAGGAGGAGCAGGAGGAGGUGCUGGCAGUGGCAGCAGCAGCAGCAGCAGCGGCGGAGGAGGAGGAGGCAGCAGUGGUACCAGCGGUGGUGGAGGUGGCACAGGGGGAGGCAGCAGCAACAGCUUCCUUAGUGGCAGGAGAAGCCGGUCAGCCUCACCGUCCACGCAGCAGGAGAAGCACCCUACCCACCAUGAGAAGGGCCAGAAGAAGAGUCGAAAGGACAAAGAACGCCUUAAACAGAAGCACAAGAAGCGGCCUGAGUCCCCCCCCAGCAUCCUCGCCCCGCCUGUGGUUCCCACUGCUGAUAAGGUCUCCUCAGCUACUACUUCCUCCCACCAUGAGGCCAGCACUCAGGAGACCUCUGAGGGCAGCAGGGACUCAAAGGGGAGAAAGUCUUCCAGCCAUAGCCUGAGUCACAAGGGCAAGAAACUGGGCAGCGGGAAAGGUGUGAGCAGUUUUACCUCCGCUUCCUCCUCCUCCUCCUCCUCUUCCUCCUCCUCCUCUGGGGGGCCUUUUCAGCCUGCAGGCUCAUCUCUGCAGAGCUCUCCUGACUUUGCAGCCUUCCCCAAGCUGGAGCAGCCGGAGGAGGACAAGUACUCCAAGCCUGCAGCUCCCACUCCGCCAGCCCCUCCCUCGCCCACAGCCCCUGAGGCCCCAAAGUCUGACCUCUUUGAACAGAAAGUUGUCUUCUCUGGCUUUGGGCCCAUCAUGCGCUUCACCACCGCCGCCUCCAGCUCCAGCCGGGCCCGAGCCCCCUCACCUGGAGACUAUAAGUCUCCCCAUGUUUCAGGGGCCGGGGCCUCAGCAGGCACCCAUAAACGGAUGCCUGCACUGAGUGCCACCCUCGGACCUGCUGAGGAGGCCCCGGAGACGGCCCUGAAGGAGAAGAAACACAAAGGCAGCAAGAGGAGCCGACAUGGGCCAGGCCGACCCAAGGGUAAUCGAGGCAAGGAGGGCGCUGCAGGCCCUACCGCCUCCCUCCCUGCGGCUCAGCUGGCCGGCUUCACUGCCACUGCAGCCUCACCCUUCUCUGGGGGUUCCCUGGUCAGCUCCGGCCUGGGGGGUCUGGCCUCCCGUACCUUUGGGCCUUCAGGAAGCCUGCCCAGCUUGAGCCUGGAGUCAUCUCUGCUGGGGGCAGGCAUCUAUACCAGUAAUAAAGACCCCAUCUCUCAUGGUGGAGGGAUGCUGCGGGCUGUCUGCAGCACCCCACUCUCUUCCAGCCUGCUGGGGCCCACAGGGACCUCAGCCUUGCCCCGCCUCAGCCGGUCCCCAUUCACCAGCACCCUCCCAUCCUCCUCUGCUUCCAUCUCCACCACUCAGGUGUUUUCUCUGGCUGGCUCAACCUUCAGCCUCCCUUCAUCCCACAUCUUUGGAACCCCCAUGGGCACUGUUAACCCCCUCCUCACCCAAGCGGAGAGCAGCCACACAGAGCCAGACCUGGAAGACUGCAGCUUCCGGUGUCACGGGACCUCCCCUCAGGAGAGUCUCUCUUCCAUGUCUCCCAUCAGUAGCCUGCCUGCGCUCUUCGACCAGACGACGUCAGCGCCCUGUGGGGGUGGCCAGUUAGAUUCCACAGCCCCUGGAACAACCAACAUGGAGCAGCUGCUGGAGAAGCAGGGUGACGGAGAGGCUGGUGUCAACAUUGUGGAGAUGCUGAAGGCCCUGCACGCACUGCAGAAGGAGAACCAGCGGCUGCAGGAGCAGAUCCUUAGCCUGACAGCUAAGAAGGAGCGACUCCAGAUCCUCAAUGUACAGCUCUCCGUUCCCUUUCCUGCCCUGCCUGCUGUCCUGCCGGCCACUAACGGCCCUGUCCCGGGGCCCUAUGGACUGCUUCCUCAAGCUGGCAGCAGUGACUCCCUGAGCAUGAGCAAGAGCCCUCCUGGGAAGAACAGCCUUGGCUUGGACAACUCCCUGUCCACAUCUUCGGAGGACCCACACUCAGGCUGCCCGAGCCGCAGCAGCUCUUCGCUCUCCUUCCACAGCACGCCCCCACCGCUGCCCCUGCUCCAGCAGAGCCCUGCUACUCUGCCCUUGGCCCUGUCUGGGGCUUCUGCCCCACUCCCACCCCAGCCACAGAACGGGCUAGGCCGGGCACCCGGAGCAGCGGGGCUGGGAGCCAUGCCCAUGGCUGAGGGGCUGUUGGGUGGGCUGGCAGGCAGCGGGAGCCUGCCCCUCAAUGGGCUUCUGGGAGGGUUGAAUGGGGCUGCUGCUCCCAACCCUGCGGCCUUGAGCCAGGCUGGCGGGGCCCCCACGCUUCAACUGCCAGGUUGUCUCAACAGCCUGACAGAGCAGCAGAGACACCUCCUUCAGCAGCAAGAGCAGCAGCUGCAGCAGCUGCAGCAGCUCCUGGCCUCUCCACAGCUGACCCCAGAGCACCAGACUGUGGUCUACCAGAUGAUCCAGCAGAUCCAGCAAAAACGGGAGCUGCAGCGGCUACAGAUGGCUGGGGGCUCUCAGCUGCCCAUGGCCAGUCUACUGGCUGGAAGUUCCACCCCACUGCUGUCUGCAGGCACCCCUGGCCUGCUGCCCACAGCAUCAGCUCCACCCCUGCUGCCUGCUGGAGCCCUGGUGGCCCCCUCGCUGGGCAGCAAUACAAGUCUCAUGGCUGCAGCAGCUGCGGCCGCAGCAGUGGCAGCAGCAGGCGGGCCUCCAGUCCUCACUGCUCAGACCAACCCCUUUCUCAGCCUGCCUGGGGCAGACGCCAGUGGGAAUGGCCCCAAAGGAGGGACUGCUGACAAAGGAGCCUCAGCCAGCCAGGAGAAAGGCUAACUGUACCCUGCCCCUCCUGACCCCUACAUGGCUCGAGGGUCCUUGCCUGGAGUGGGCACCUGGGCCCAGACUCUGGAGAGCCGGGCCCAGAGCCUGUGCUGAUCCCCAGGGAGUAUGUGCCUGGUGUACCAGGUGCUGAGGAGAGAGACUGGAGGGAGCCCUUCAUCUGGCCCACCCCCUCACUGCACUGGCUGCUUCAGAGAGGAUCAAGGGAGGACCGGCUCCUAGCCUGCCUAGGAGACCCCAUUCUCCACAGAUGCCUAGGGGCCCCCAAAGAGCAAAGUAGGUCUUGGCAUAAGAAAUGGAGGGUUGGUUGGACCUACCACAUAAACCAAUCAGCACUUGAAUGGGGAAGAUGAAGGGUGGCCCCCAGGCCUAUCCCUGUGUGGAGAUUCCCUAUGGAAAAAGGGCUGGUCCCACCUGACCUUCAGUUUCUUCCCAGCAGAAGGGAUGGAUCCCUUUGACUGUUUCUUCUUAUCCCUCCCCGCUGAGGGUCACAAGCUGAGCUUGGAAAAGCCUACAGAUGUGGGGGGCUGAGGAAGGGCAGGAUAGCACCUCUUGGGGCCCCGUGAUGGGGCUGGGCAGGGGAAGUCCCUUGCUGUCCUUGGUGCCCUGCCCCUUUUUGCACUAUUGGCUUGAGGAGUGCCGAGGGUGGGGAGAGGGAGCUGCCUGACUCCACAGAUCUUGAGUGUGAGUGUGAGUGUGUGUGUGUGAGUGUGUGUGUGUGAGAGAGAGAUGGUCAGUCUGUUUAACCUGUCUGUCUGUCAAUUCUUCCUCUGGACCUGGGGCAGCCAAGGGCAAGGACAGGAGCAGUGGCCAGUACCGGAGCAGGAGCGCCCAGUUCUUGUACCCUCUACCCCCCUCACUAACUCUGCUCCUUUUCCAGGGCAUGAAUGGUUAACUUAUAUAUAUAUAUAUAAAAAAACCAGACCAGUACUCCAGUAUUGGAGAAUUCCUAGGGGCUGGGGGCUCUGAAUCAGGGUAAUAAUCCUACUUUCCCUUCCCCCUGGACCCCACUCCAUCUCAGGGCCCCUCAGGGCCUCCUCCCCCACUCUUAGUUUGAUCCGUCCUGGCACAAGAGAGUAGGGGAGGGGUAAAGUGCCACUUCUUUUUAGCCAACUUCUUCCUCUCCGAAGUAGCUAGUCUGCCUCUUGAAUCCUUUCACCAGCUAGUAGAGCCACUUAAGCUAACAACUGUCCCUUUACCCACCAGCUGUUUUCCAGGGUGUAGUAAUAGGUGGCAGAGACUUUCUGCCCGGGGCGGUAAUGAAAACCGUUGAGUGGGACACAGAGUACCGCCACAGAAGCCUGUGUCCCUUUGAGUUGCACUGGCUGGGACUGAGGGUCAGUUCCAGCUUCCCUUGCUCACGUCUGUGGGUCUCUGCAUGUGUGCAUUUUGGUGUGUUUAUGUUUGAGUUUCGUUGUUGGGGUUUCUCGUUGUUUUCUUUUUUCUUUUUUUUUAAUAAAGGAAAGAUGUGUAUAUUUUUGGCAAGGACAGAAACGUAGUGCAGAUAUAUUUUUGCCUGUGCUGCUCAACUGUUGGUUUUUUCCCCCUGAUCUGGGAAAUACUCUUCCUGUUGAUAAGACUGUAAGAUGUUAGGAUGGGCUGGGACCCCUCAGAGGCAAACUCUUUGGCACUUGGAAGGGUUUUGGGGGACAGUUGAGAUGACCUCAGAAAUACUUUUCUAACUGCUCAAUACUAGAAAGACAUCUUCAUCUUUUCAGCUCUUGUAGACUACUUGUCUACAAGCCAGUGAUUCUUCAGAUUCUUAGACGAUCUUUUUAUCCUGGCCUACACCCUUGCCCACUCAGAACCAAGUACCCCGCUCAGUGGUGUUUGAUAAGGCUAUCUCCUGUGCAGCAGGAGGCUCCAGUGGUCUGGAACUCUGCUCUCAGCAAUUCCCAAGCUCCUUUCCCUACUUUGGGCCAGGAUGCCCUUGCAAGUCACCUUACGCUGAGAGCUCUGGGCUGUGUGGUUUGGUGCUGCUCCUUUUUGGGGGGCAGGGGGGCAAGGGAGGGAUUUUCCAAGACAGGGUUUCUCUUUGUAGCCCUGGCUGACCUAGAACUGGCUCCGUAGACCAGGCUGGCCUCAAACUCAGAUCUGCCUGCCUCUGCCUCCUGAGUGCUGGGAUUAGAGGUGUGCCGGUGGUGCUACUCCAUAUACUGAGACUUGAGGGAAGUUGUGACUUGGUGCCGCAUCACAGGGAGAGUUAGGAGGAUCCUUGAAAGGAAGGAGGAUACUGCAAAAUGGCUCUGACAACCUCACUUUUUUUUUUUUUUAAUUUAAUUUUUUUUUAGACAAGGUCUACUCUUAUGUAGCUUUGGUCGUCCUGGAACUCGCUAUGUAGACCAGGCUGGCCUCUGCCUCCUGAGUGCUGGGAUUAAAGGCAUGUGCCACUAUGUCUGGCUUUGGUCCAUUUUUUGAUAAAGAGCUUGGUAGAAGGAGAGAAAGGAUGCAGAUUUGGGGCCGUCUCUGUCUGGGAGGGGGAGGAUGUGGUUUGCAGAGCGGAAGUGGAGUCUGAGAAUGCAUGAGUGGAUCUUAUGUCACCACCCUCAGUGAGAAGGGGUGAGCGAGUGACAAACGGUGAGCCUGUGCCCACCAGGGUGGGUGUGGGUGGGCCAUGGCUGAGGAGUGUCAGAAGGGACCUGGCUGUAUUUAGAGGUCAUUGGAGCUGGCUUUACAGGUGACUAAGCCUCAGUGACAGCAGUGAUGAGCCUUCGUACUAGGCCUUCUGGUCAUAACUGCCCUACUGUCAAGCUUUUUAGCUGCAGCUGGUUGGCUGGCUGUCCCUGUGUGUGUGGUGAGUGUGAGGUGGUGUGAGUGUCGUAGGGUUGUGCCCGUGGCGGGAAGGUAUCUAUGUAGCACUGACUGUCUUAGCUCUGAGCUGACGAAUCCUCCACAGACAAUGACGCUUUAAGGGUUGCCUUUAAGAGAAGAAAUAAAAUUUGUAUCUCCCAUUCCCUCUUCCUCAUCCCAGCUUGUGGCUUUCCCCCUCAGGCUCCUGGGUCUACUGCUGGCCCUAGGUAGCCUGAUCACGAGGCUGGUGACCCCUUCCCCUCCCUAUGUUGAGACCCAGGGAGUGCCCACCCUAGACUCCUAGGAAGGACCUAGAUACAGGGGAGCCCAAAGAGCGGCUGACAUUUCCAUUUCCUUUUCCCACCCUGGAAAUGCUGACAGGUUUUCAAAGACACAGGCUCGCCCUGCUAGUCUCAGUCAUCCUAAGAGUGCAGUGGGCCGAAGGGAAUAACAGGCAGCUGGUACCUAGGGAGAGGUGCCCGCUAGGGAUGGAAGGAGGUGGGGCCAGGGAGAGGUGCCCACUAGCUAGAAUGGAGGCAGGUGGGACCAGGGAGCCCCUCUGUUGCCUCCAGCCACUUCCUGGAUUACAGGUGUGUCUGGUUCCCAGCAGAGCACCUUGUCUUGACCUACUGAAGAGCUGGGGACUGUCAUCUUUCUCCUGUGUUCGCUUUCUCCAGCCCCACUUGGGACUGAAGACCCGUAGGACUCUGGCUCCCUUUUCUUCCAUCCCAGCCUGUUUCCAUGUAGCAGACCCUUCCUAAGGGAGCAAGGAAGGGAAGCCACAGCUCGCAAACCCAGGGGCUCAUUUUUCAUUCUUUCUGAAACCUUUAUAUCCUCAGCCCAGGAGGCGGUGUUCCCCUGCGACCUCCAAGCCUGGAAUUGUGCAUAGCCUGGGUCUUGUAUCUUUGUAUAACGGAUGUUAUUUGUACGAAGGGCAGUUCGUAAACAGCACUUGUUCUUUUAAUAAAAGAAUGUUUUACUAAAAAAAGAAAAUCCAAAGA